CCUAAUAAAUUCCUCGAGAAAUCUAUGUUGCAUGAUACUCCCUCCAACGCCAGAAGCUCUGCCGAAAACAAACACAAAAACACAGGAGAGGGAGGCGACAUCGAUUCCUCCGCGCCGCCGCUUCCUCCCGUCGUCCUGACCGGUCCGAUACCCCGAUGCCGUCGCGCUCGCUCCGCGUCGCCGUCAUCGGCGCCGGGGCCGCCGGCCUGGUGGCGGCGCGCGAGCUGCGACGCGAAGGCCACGCCCCCGUCGUGUUCGAGCGCACCGACGGCGUGGGCGGCACCUGGGUCUACGAGGCCGAUGCCGACGCGUCCGCCUCGCCGGAGCCGCUCGUCACCCAGCGGCGCUCGAACCUCGACGCGUCCCUCCGCACCAACCUCCCGCGCGAGUGCAUGGGCUUCCUCGACUUCCCCUUCGUCGCGGGCCCCGACGGCGACACCCGCAGGUUCCCCGGCCACGCGGAGGUGCUCCGGUACCUCCAGAGCUUCGCGCGGCGGUUCGACCUCGACGGCCUCGUCCGGCUGGAGACGGAGGUGGUCCGGGUGAGCAGGGAGACGAGCGGCACUAGCUGGCGCGUCAGGUACUCGAGGAAGGCGUCCGGCAGCGAGAAGCGCGAAACGGAUGAGGAGGUGUUCGACGCCGUCGUCAUCUGCAACGGCCACUACUCCCAGCCGCACUUCGCCGACGUUGCCGGCGUGGAUGCUUGGCCUGGGAAGCAGCUGCACAGCACCAGCUACCGUGUGCCCGAGCCAUUCCACGGCCAAGUUGUCGUGGUGAUAGGGUGUGGACCGAGUGGCACGGACAUCUCGAGGGACAUCGCUGGCGUCGCCAAAGAGGUCCAUCUCGCCAGUAGAUGGUCGCUUUCUGCCACCAGCGAGAAGCUGCCCGGACAUGCUAAUAUGUGGCUUCAUUCCGAGAUCGACCGUGCUCAGGAAGACGGGAGUGUGGUUUUCCACGACGGAAGUCGGGUCAAAGCGGAUGUCAUCAUGCAUUGCACCGGAUACAAGUACAACUUCCCAUUCCUCACCAACGAUGCAACCGUCUCCGUGGACGACAAUUGUGUCGAUCCACUGUACAAGCAUGUGUUCCCGCCACAGGUUGCUCCUCGACUCUCCUUCAUCGGGUUGCCUUUAAAGGUGGUCCCUUUUCCACUGUUCGAGCUGCAGAGCCACUGGGUGGCCGGCGUUCUGUCGGGGCGAUUCAAGCUCCCAUCUAAGGAUGAGAUGGUGCGAGACGUGACGGCCUUCCACUCGCGUCUGGCCGCUCGCGGAUGGCCCCGAAGAUACACCCACAGACUGCGAGACCGCGAGUUCGAGAACGAGGACUGGCUCGCGGAGCAAUGCCGGCGGGGCGGGCCCGAGGGGUGGAGGAGGGAGAUGUUCGACGCGGCGAUGCAGGUCAUGGUGGAACGCCCGGAGAACUACCGGGACGAGUGGGACGGCGGUGACUACGACCACCUGCUGGCCCAAGCAAACCGAGAUUUCGCGGCGCAUUGUCAACGCCCCUGACAGACCAGGGCCGCAAGUCAGCGACAACAGCGACCGCGUCGCCUCUGCACCGCGGUCGACCCGGCCCAGGAAGCCCAACCCACGCGUCUUCGGGCCGACGUGGGCUAACUGAAGCCCACCUGCGCCGCUACUUGAGGAGGCGAGAGAGGUUGCAUCAUCCAUCCAGAGGAUCAUCGAACGAAUCGACGGCGGCUACCUAGCUCACUCCCGAACCCUAGUUCCUCUUGUUCUUCCCAUUCGAGCCCCGCUCCUUGUAAUCGAUCUGUAAUAGCUACUACUUCAGAGAGCAAUAGAUCGAUCGUGCACCACUA